AACCAUUGUUGAUUUGAUACUACUUCAAGACUCUUUCACGAGUCCCUCCAGCUGGAUUCACUUGUUACAUCUGUGUGAACUACAAUGACUCGCCAUGGAAAGAACUGCACGGCUGGAGCAGUCUACACAUACCACGAGAAAAAGAAAGAUACAGCGGCCUCUGGCUACGGGACACAGAGUAUUCGACUGGGUAAAGAUGCAAUCAAAGACUUUGACUGCUGCUGCCUGUCCCUGCAGCCCUGCCGGGAUCCUGUGCUGACUCCUGAUGGAUACUUGUAUGAAAAACAGGCCAUUCUUGAAUACAUUCUGCACCAGAAGACAGAAAUUGCCAAAAAAAUGAAGGCAUAUGAGAAGCAGAAGCAAGCACAGAAGAGUAACAGCCAGCUUGAGUCCAAGUCAGAGGAAAGAGAGAGAGUGGAGAAGUUCAAAACCAGGGAGAACAGCAUCGUUUCCAAACCCAUCAACCCAUUCACCUCUGGGCAGAGCAAAGGAAGUGAAAAGAGCAGGACAGACAGCAGCUCAGCAGAAACCUCCAGUGCUGGAACCAGUUCUGCUGCCCAGUCCAGCCAGAGCCUGCCCAGUUUCUGGAUUCCCUGUCUGACACCAGAGGCCAAGCCCACCCUGAUCAAGAAACCAAGUAAGGCUGUGUUAUGUCCCAUGUCAGGACGUCCCAUUAAGAUGAAUGAGUUUAUCACAGUGCGCUUCACCCCACUGGACCCAAGCCUGGACAGAGUGGCCCUGCUCACCCGCCAGGACAGGUAUGUAUGUGCAGUAACCAGAGAUGUCCUUGGCAACAGUGUCCCCUGCACUGUUCUACGACAAUCGGGUAUCGUUGUGACACAGGAGUGUGUAGAGAAAUUGAUCAAGAAGGACAUGAUUGAUCCUGUUACUGGAGACAAACUUUCCGACAAAGACAUCAUACCACUGCAGAGGGGUGGGACUGGCUUCGCUGCUUCUGGGGUUGACCUCCGUGCCAAAGAGGCUCGUCCAGUGAUGCAAGUGUGAGACAACAGAAGAUCUGAGGAUUGCUGUGUUGUCACAAUGAUUCCAUGUUGUAACAGAUUCUUUCACCUAUUUCAAUGCUCUUUGUUUUUUGUUUUUUUUGCCACAGUCCAUAAUCGAUGUUUUGUCAGUCAUGUGAAGUGGUUUCCUCCUGAAUAAAUUGGAAAUGUUAUUUCUCCAUUGUUUUUAAAAGGUGAUGACAUCUUUACUGACUGUGUUUAUAUAAAAGAUCAUUAUUUCUUUCACUCAGCAAAGCAGAGCCUUAUGGACACUGAAUACUGAAGAAGAAAAAAAGUCCAUAAAAAUCAACCUCAACCCUCUAUCAAGAUGCAAACCUGCUGUACCUGAUAGAUUUUGCAUCAUGACUGCGUUCUUUUUAAAGCUCUACAUAAGAGAAUGGUAUGUUUGGAAAAUGUGUUAUGUAUAAAGUACGAAAUAUUGAAAUUGGUUAGAUCUCCAAAAAUAAAACUUUGUAUUUUUAAUUAAAAUAAAAACAAGCCAAUAAGCCACACUGCUGCACUGGGUGAAAUCUUCCUUCAUUCCUAAAGACAGUUGUUAGAGAGGUUCCUUGUAUGUGGGAAUGCAGCUCUAUUUACAGAGCUUUGCUAGCUAGUUGUGCUACCCUAAUGCCACUUCUUGACUUUUUGAGAAAUGCACAAUGUAGCACAAUAUGUAGCAUGCCAAU